AUGACAAGAGAGGCAUUGAGAUUGCUCGAUCUUCCAUGGGAUUUGGUACUUGAGAUACUCUCUAGAGUUCCGGCUACAUCUCUGGGACGAUUAAGUUUUACUUGCAAGCGAUGGAACGCUCUAUUCAAAGAUCACGAGUUCAUCAAGAAGCACUUGGAUAAAGCAGCAAAACAGUGUAUGGUUCUCAUGUCGGGUAAUUCACGGAAGGUUUAUUCAAUGAAUGUAAAUCUCGAUGGGAUUCACGACAACUUUGUUGAUCCACAAACGUUGCUUAACCUCAAAGAUUUCCACAGUCCGAAACAAUUCAACAUAUAUAAUAUCUUUCACUGCGACGGGUUAUUGUUAUGCAUAACAUGGGGCGUAAGACUCGUGGUUUGGAACCCUUGUACUGGCCAAAUCAGGUGGAUCCCAUUCUGUGGUCGUUACAAGGAUCACACGGAGUUUGCUCUUGGAUACGAAAAUAACAAGUCUUGCCAAACCUAUAAAAUCUUGAGAAGCAGCUGGGAUUUUUAUGCCGCACAACCUCAAGAUGUUGACUGUGGAAUCUAUGAUUUUGAGUCUCAUUCUUGGAAGGAUCUUAAUGACGUGUUUCCCAAGAACUGCAGAAAAUUACUAUCAAAGGCAGUGUCUUUGAAGGGGAAUAUUUAUUGGGUUGCCAAUAAAAAUGAUGAAGAAGAUUUCUUACUUAGUUUCGAUUUUUCAACAGAGAAGUAUAGGUGUUUAUCUAUUAGUUUUUCGAGUGUCGAUGGUGAUUUUGUUCCUACAACUCUCUCAGUUGUUAAAGAAGAACGACUGGCGGUAUUGUAUAGCAGCUAUUCUCAUCCAACAAAGAUUGAGAUAUGGAUGACGGCACAUGAUAAGAUUGAUCAGGCCAGACUUGUCUCGUGGAGUAAAUUUUUAUCACUAGAACUAGAUGAGAAUAAUCCUCAGAUAGAUCUUUCAACUGACAUAACUUUCUUUAUCGACGAGGAGAAGAAAGCGGCCGUGUUAUGCGAUGUGGAAUAUUUUAAUAAGAGGGAUACGGGCAUGUUUUGA